CAUCGCCGCUGCGAUCUCUUCGCUCGAUCCAUCGUCUCUCUGCGAGCUUGGCCAUGGCUUCCUCGACCCAAAUCGUCCUCCUCCUCCUGGCGCUUGUCUUCGCAGAGUCUCUACACGAUGCCCACGCCUACACUGCCGGAUUCGAGAUGAGCGAGGCGCAAGUAACUGCCGCUUCCAAGAGCUCCACAGGCUGCGCUACGGAUUUCUCCAAGGUGGACUACGCCGAGGUGACGAGCGUUUGCAAGGGACCCCAGUAUCACCAGGAGGCGUGCUGUGGCGCGUUCAAGAAGAUGGCUUGCAAGUACACGACCCAAGUGAACGAUUUCUCCACCACUUGCCCGGUCGAAUUCAUGGCCUAUCUCAACUACGCUGGGAAUUACCCCAAUGGCGUCUUCGUCGGGCGAUGCAACAGUGGCAGUAGCCUGUGCUCCUAGAAGAUUUGACUAUGGAUUCUUCAUAGAUCAAUCAAGCUCUUGGAUCGAUCGCUCGAUCCAUAGAUCCCUCCAUUGUUUUGCUUGAUAUUAUUUCUAUCAUUAUGGAAGAAGACUAUAAGCCCUAGGUUUUGUAUGUGUUCUUGGAGAAUGGGUGAGCGCAUUCUUCCAUGGCGCCAGCUACUGGAGAGCGCUCUAGAAUCGCAUUCUCAGCUCCAGCACAGCAGAUUUUGUCAGCUGGCUACUGUUAGAGCAAAUGGAACACCCGCAAACCGAACUGUCGUUUUCAGGGGAUUUGCGGACGGGACUGACAAUCUGCUGUUUACGACAGACUCCAGAAGCAACAAGGUACAAGAAGCUCAACACUGUCCCGUGGCCGAGGUUUGUUACUACUUCACUGAUAGCUGGGAACAAUUUCGCAUUCACGGUGACAUCGAAGUUAUAAGCCACACGGAAGACGAUCCGUUAAAGAAAGAGAUAAGAGAGAAGUCAUGGUUUAGCAGCUCUUUGCAAACUCGAAAACAAUUUACGUGGCCACAUCCAGGCCAGCCAAAAGAGUCUCAUCCAGAAGAGGUUCGGCUCGAGAGCACGCAGCCCCCCGUUGAUACCUUCUGUGUUGUUACGCUCCACCCGGUUGAGGUUGACUACUUGCAUCUUAAACAACACAAGAGAAUAGUGUUCCGGAGCUCCAGCGGUGGAGAUUGGACUAGCCAGGCAGUGAAUCCUUGAGAUCGGGUUGAAGUUAAGCUUUUCUUUGUCUGUUCUAUAUCUCUCUGACGCAUUCAAGCAGGUUUUGAUACUUUUUAAUCGAGUGAAGACAGAUUUGUCUCGUUGAUCAAAGUCGCAAGUUGCAGGAUACGCAAGUCGCGGGUCGUUUGCUAGAAAUUUUGGUGAGAUAUUGUUUUGUUACCUUGUUAUCUUAAAACCAGCGUCGUGGUUUGUGUC